CYGUCUGCGACGUAAACCGAGGAGCUAAGCUAACCAUGAGCUAAUAAUCCGCCAGGAUCUUGGUGAAAUUUAUCAUCCGAAGUGUUCGUUCAGCACCCGAAGAGUGUUCGGAAGGUCUGCACCAUGGGUGAACCGCAGCAGGUCAGUGCCCUGCCCCCUCCACCUAUGCAGUACAUUAAGGAGUACACCGAUGAAAAUAUUCGUAAAGGUCUGGCGCCUAAGCCGCCUCCACCCAUCAGGGACAGCUACAUGAUGUUCGGGAACCAGUUCCAAUGCGAUGACCUCAUCAUCCGACCUCUGGAGAGCCAGGGCAUCGAGAGGCUCCACCCCAUGCAGUUUGACCACAAGCGGGAGCUCAAGAAGCUAAACAUGUCCAUUCUGGUCAACUUCCUGGACCUUCUGGGCAUCCUGAUCAAGAGUCCUGGCAGUAUAAAGCGUGAAGAGAAGCUGGAGGACAUAAAGCUUCUGUUCGUUCACAUGCACCACCUCAUCAACGAGUACAGGCCACACCAAGCCCGAGAGACACUGAGGGUGAUGAUGGAGGUGCAGAAGAGGCAGAGGCUGGAGACGGCGGAGAGGUUCCAGAAACAYCUAGAGAGGGUGGUGGAGAUGAUCCAGCAGUGUCUCGCCUCCCUGCCUGACGACUUGCCCCAGUCUGAAGUCGCAGACGGGAUUUGCAGCGGGGCGAAGAGCGUGCCCGCCGGCGCCAACUUCAGUUGUUCCUCUGGACAGGCGACAGUCCUGAAAACAGAACCGAUGGAUGUGGAGGAAUCAGGCGCCAGCUGCAUGGCAGCAGGUGUUCAGGACAAAAAUGUCCCCAGUUCAAAGAGGGACAAAAUGUUGGACAAAGAUGCUGCCAUGUGUAGUAUAAUUGAUGAAAUCGCCUAGAUUUCAUUUGUGUACUCGUUUGUUUUUUUGUUUUCACUUCACAUGACAUAAAAUUUACAUUAUUAUUAUUUUUUGCUUGAAAUGUUUUCUGUUAAAGAUUUCUUGUGGAAAUAAUCGCAGGGAUUUUAAAACAACGAAUCAGGGCCACUCGCAGAAGCAAAAAAUGAACACAGUYGUUUUGAGUUUCGAUAUUAAAGUGUAAAUAUUAAUAAAAUGUUAAACUUGUAAGAAAAUGUCACAAAGUUGUCAUUCAAGACUUAUUUAKAAGAGGUCGACCCCACUGURCUUCUGAACAUGACUGUUUUAUGAYUCUGUUGCWCUUGAUGCUAUAGAUGUUCGUUUACAGGCUUAACUAAAUUAAAACAUGCAAAAUGUUAGUUUAACCUGUCCAUGAAGAAGCUUAUUACUCCCACUCCAGCAAAACUCACAGAACUUGUUUUAAUCCUUCAAAAUAAGAGUCUAAAAUAUAUUUAAAUUAUUUUAAAAAUGCAGCGUAAUCUAGGCUGCAAGAASCAAUUUACUAAAUAAUGUAAUCUGUUUUCAUAAGUGUCAGUUCUAAAGAGAGAAGUUAUUGAGGUGAACACUAGAUUUUUUAUUUUAUUUUGAAGGACUGGAAGAAGUCCUGUCAGUUCUGCAUUGGGAGCAAUAAACCGCACCUCUGGCUGCUUCAGCUGAAAUACUGCUGUUGUUAUUAAUCCAAUAAGUGUGCACACAACUGUCAGAUGCCUAACAACAAAUGAAAUCGAUACAGUCGAGUUCACUUCCUCAGGCGAAGUCUUGAAGUAAUUUAUUUUUUGAACUUUGUGACGUAUCUGUCAAUAUUUACGCUUUAUUCUCAAAACUCAAAGAAAGGGAAACUUACUGUUUUUAUUUUUAUCUGUGGCCCUAAAACUUUGUUUUAUAUGUUUGUUUUUUGUCUUCCCACUAGUUUCAAUAAAAAAUUCAGAUUGCAUUUGGAGUUCCGCUGCGUUACAGAAACUACUAAACUAAAAUGUAAUGUAAACUCUGAUCAUUUUGCUCGUAGAGCUUGCCACUGAUUGUGUAGGUCAGUAAAAUGUUUGAACAUACCAA